AUGAAUCAACAUAAUGUUCAUCUACUUGAUCUCCCAAAUGAAAUAUUAUUCAUCAUUUUGAAAAAACUUGAGAAUGUUGAUGUUCUUUAUUCUUUAAUGGGUACCAACAAUCAACGAUUUGAAAUUAUAGCACAAGAACAAAUCUUCACUAACAUCCUUAAUUUUAUUUCUAUAUCACGAUCGACUGAUGAGAUUUGUUCAAUUUCUUCAACAAUAGUUAAUCAAUUUUGUAUCAAUAUAUUACCUAGAAUUCAUAAAAAUGUUAAAUCGCUCAUUGUUGAAUCUUUUUCUAUGAAACGUAUUUUUGGCGCUAGUCUCUAUCCUAAUCUUACUCAACUCAAAAUUUUUAAUUUCAACAAAGGAAUUGUUUCACGUUAUUUCACUGACGAUUCUCACUUUGGACAUAUUUAUAAACAACAAAUUACAGAUCUUAUUCUUGUCAGUAAUGAUAAAAAUAUUGAAAUAUCAAAAGAAGAGUAUACCAAGGAUGUUUAUGGAAUUAUUUUUACUUUCUUUGAAAAUGUAAAGCAUGUUAGUAUUGUUUCGGCAUCUACUGAUGAUUAUCCACCUUUGACGUUAUGUAUUCCACCACUGGCUUUUUCUUCUUCGACACUUACCAAAUUAUCUAUCAAUGUUGAUGAUUUUGAUGAUUGUCUGGCGUUACUUGAUGGUCGUUUCAAACAAUUAAUUACAUUUAUCAUUCAAAUUAAUCUUAUCUACCAUCGGAUAUUAGGAUCUUACAACAUGGAUACACUAUCUAAUUUAAAAUGUUUCUCAUUAAUAUGUUAUAAGAGUACUCAAGGAUAUGACAAUUUAAUUCUACCACUUAUUCGUCGAAUGUCAAAUCUUGAAGAAUUAAGUUUAUAUAUUCAUAUAUUGGGUGGAUCAACAUUCAUCUCUGGUACUCAUCUUAAUAAUAAAAUUCUUAGUCAUAUGCCACGACUUCAUACAUUCUCAUUUUAUUUCGCUUCUGAAAAUACUGUUGCUAAUUCAUCUAUUCGUAUAUCUCAUUCAGAUAUUGAACAAACUUUUACCAAUAUAAAAUAUCGACAGAUCGCUUCUUUGAUAGAUUAUGACAGUUGUAAGAAUUCGAUUUGUCGUGUCUUUUCACUUCCAUUUAAAUUUGCUCGUCUGACAAAUAUCACAAAUAAUAUUCCAAAUAUUGUAUUCAAUUCUGUUACUCAUUUGAAAUUACGCGAUAAAUAUCCAUUCAAAUACGAAUUUUUCAUUCGACUUGCUCGUGGUUUUCCAUUUCUUAAAAGUCUAUCUAUUGACACUAUUCUAGCACCAAAUUGGAGAGUUAACGAAUAUCAUCUUCAACAUAUUGAUUGGUGCUCAAUUGUUGAAUUACCUCAUCUUAUUUCACUUGACAUCGAUUCUGCAAACAUUUAUUAUGCUGAACAUUUUCUCAAUGAAACAAAAGCACAUCUACCUUGUUUAACUGAAUUAAAAAUUCGCUAUGAAAAUUUGGAAAUGGUGACAGAAAAUUUUACAAGAAAUGAAACACGACGUAAUUGCACUAAAGUGAACCGAUUAAUUGUUAAAGAUUUCAUAGUUUAUCCGAAAGAUGUCUAUUAUUAUUUUCCUUUAUUGUGA